AGGAUUAGACGAUCCUGGGAAUCGAUUCCUGGGAAUUUCCGAAAAAAAAUCAGAAGAAAAUAUGUCGCUUAAAUUUAACGAAGCACUGAAAAUUCUCUUAGAAGGUCUACCUAAACCCUCGAAUCCUGAGAGUAAACUAUACACUCAAGAUGCAAUCGAAAUAUCCGUGAAGAUAAAUCAGGAACUAAUUAAUAUGAAUUCCAUUUUCAAGGGAACAGUGAGUGGCUGGUUAGACACAUGCACCUAUCUUCUAAAGGAUAUUUACAAAAUAUGGAUACCUCAUAUUUGCAUCAACAUGCCAUUCAAGAUAGAGCCUCGCUUAGUUGGGGGCCAUCCAUUAAGAGUCUAUAGGCUCAAGACGUCUGCUUACCAUCCAGUAGUCGAGAACGGAUAUGUCAAUUUCCUCAAGCUAACCAAACUGUUUUACUGGGAUAUAAGCCAAGCCAUCCAAAAACUGGGCAAGAUCAAUUGCAAAAGUGGCAGGACGUACAACUCCCUACACACAGAGUUCAUCGAGCCUGAUCGUUUUCAAAUAGUUAUCAAGGAAUAUGAAGAGCAGCAAGCGCCCUCAAUAUUGUAUAAUUUUUCAAUAAGUUUCACUUUCUCGCAGGAAUCUCCUUCUUACCUUUUCUUCCAUGAUCACUUUCAACAAACUGAAAAAUCGAUUAUUAUAGAAUUGCCAACGAAAAUUUCAGAAAUGGUAAACAAGAUUAAUGUAUUGUUGCUACAACUCGAUUUGGAUUCAUCCUUAACAGUCGAUGACAUGCAUUGCAUAGUAGGACACGUGAUAUUGAAAUUACAAGAAGACAAAUUAGAAGAGAUCUUGCUCGAGGUCAUGACUAAAUUUAUUCCGUUAUUAAAAAAUUUCGGACCCUUGGUGUUUGCUUGCGCAAAAUUGUGGAAAUUCAAGCAAGCGGGUUCAGUUAAAAUGUCGGAGCUCAAGGCAGUUUUCGGCAUGGAGUAAUUAAAUACUAACAACACAAUUAUAACUACUCAUAACCACAAUUUUCUUCGGGAACAAUUUCUGCACUGCCAGUUGCGAAAAUACAAACCUUUAAAUUUUAAGAAAACGCAGCCUUAGUUGGACAUCCAUCCAAGCUUAAAUCAAUAAAAUACGAGAGUUCCAUUAAAA